CUUAGGGCUGGUGUGUGGUCUGGGCUGUCUGAGCCAUGAACAGCUUCAGGGCUGCCUUCUUCUUCUGGGUGGCGGCCAUUUGGGCUAAAGGAGACACACCUGAGGGAGAGGCAGAUAAGGCUGGAUUUCAAAAAUGUAAGAAGGCCUUGAAUUUGCCAGUUCUGGAAGUCUUACCCGGAGGAGGCUGGGAUAAUCUGCGGAACGUGGACAUGGGACGGGUGAUGGGCUUGACAUACUUCAACUGCAGGACCACAGAGGAUGGGCAGUACAUCAUUCCUGAUGAAAUCUUCACCGUUCCCCAGAAACAGAGCCACCUGGAGAUGAACUCAGAAAUCCUGGACUCCUGGAUGAAUUACCAGAGCAGCACCUCCUUCUCCAUCAACACAGAGCUCAGCCUUUUCUCCAAAGUCAAUGGCAAGUUCUCCUCUGAGUUCCAGAGAAUGAAAACCCUUCAGGUGAAGGAUCAAGCUAUCACUACCCGGGUUCAGGUCCGAAACCUGGUCUACACAGCCAAAAUCAACCCCACUUUAGAACUCAGCACGGGAUUUCGGAAGGAGCUCAUGGACAUCUCUGACCGUCUCGAGAGCAACCAGACUCGGAUGGCCACCUACUUGGCAGAGCUCCUGGUCCUCAACUACGGCACCCAUGUCAUCACCAGUGUGGAUGCUGGUGCCGCUCUCAUCCAAGAGGACCACAUCAGAUCCUCCUUCCUACAGGACACCCAGAGCAGCCACAGUGUUUUGACUUCAUCUGCUGGAAUUGCCUUCCAAAAUAUCAUCAACUUCAAAUUUGAGGAGAAGUACACCUCGCAGAGCGCCCUCACCAAAAGCUACCUCUCGAACAGAACCAACUCCAGGGUGCAAAGUGUUGGGGGUAUUCCUUUCUUCCCAGGCAUCACCCUCGAGGCCUGGCAGCAGGGCAUUGCCAACCACCUGGUGGCUUUAGACCGUGCUGGCCUGCCUCUGCAUUUCUUCAUCAACCCCACCAUGCUGCCUGGAUUGCCAGGCCCCUUGGUGAAGAAGUUGUCCAAGACAGUGGAAAUGGCCAUGAGGCGCUAUUACGCUUUUAAUACCUACCCCGGAUGCACUGAUGUCAAUUCACCCAACUUCAAUUUCCAGGCCAACACGGACGAUGGCUCUUGUGAAGGGAAGAUGACCAACUUCACCUUUGGUGGGGUUUAUCAGGAAUGUACCCAGCUGUCUGGGACCGAGAUGGUCCUCCUCUGCCAAAACCUGGAGCAGAAGAAUCCACUCACUGGAGACUUCUCCUGUCCCUCGGGCUACACACCCAUCCACCUUCUGUCCCAGAUCCACGAGGAGGGGUACAAUCAGCUGGAGUGCCAGAGAAAGUGCACCCUCUUCGUCUUCUGCAAGCGCGUGUGCGAAGAUGUAUUUCGGGUGGCAAAGGCUGAAUUUAAGGCUUUUUGGUGUGCAGCAGAAGGUCAAGUUCCCCCAUACUCAGGACUGCUUUUCGGGGGCCUCUUCAGCACUAAGAGCAUUAACCCUUUGACAAAUUCACAGUCCUGCCCGGCUGGCUAUUUCCCACUGAAGCUCUUUGAAGGCCUCAAGGUAUGUGCUUCUCAGGACUAUGAGUUGGGGUUCAGGUUUUCUGUGCCCUUUGGUGGGUUUUUCAGCUGCGUGGUUGGAAACCCCCUGGUGGAUCCUGCUACCACCAAAGAUUUAGGGGCACCUUCGCUGAAAAAGUGUCCUGGGGGCUUCAGCCAACACCUCGCCCUCAUCAGUGAUGGAUGCCAAGUGUCCUACUGUGUUAAGGCUGGGCUCUUCACGGGAGGGUCCCUGCCUCCAGCCAGGCUCCCCCCCUAUACCCGGCCACCCAUCAUGAGUCAGGCUGCCACCAAUACUGUCAUGGUGACCAACACGGAGACAAAGAGCUCCUGGAUUAAAGACUACGAGACCCACCAGUGGAGACUGGGAGAGCCGCUGGAGCUUCGCAGGGCCCUGAAGGUCAUCCACGGGGACGAGGCUGGCCUGUCAGGUGGAGCAGCAGCUGGAGUCACCGUGGGGGUCACCACCAUCCUGGCAGCUGCUAUUGCCCUGGCCAUCUAUGGCACCCGGAAGUAUAAGAAGAGGGAGUACGAGGCCCUUGGGGAUGAGAAGCAGAGCUUGGCUCAAGGCAAGGUUGAGACGGGGGAUGAUCCUCACCAGGAACCGGAGCAGAAUCCAGUCUAGACCACUCUCAUCUCGCCCUGGGGCUGCCAGCAUGUCUCUCAUCCUUCCCCUCUCCACUUCUGCUUUCCCAGUGAUCCAAGUGGCAGGAGCUCCGGCAGGCAGGUAGAACUUUGUGACUUCUGCUUUAGACCAUCCGGGCCAGGUUAUUCAUGGAGCUGUCUGGACAUGAGUGAGGGAGCAGAUGGGACUGUCUGAGUAGUACACGUGACGGGGUGUCUUUUCAGUGUGUGCGCUGCCAAUUUUGGCCACCCGAAUGGACUUGUGUAAAACGAGAGGGAGAAUGUUGGCGAUUUAGUUAGGAGGCUGCUCAUGUUGUCUAAGGUCUGCAGUGCUUUUUUGAUUCAUGAGCUGUAAGAAUUUCUGCCUUCCAGUUUUACCCUCCCCCUGGUCUGUUUUGGGAUUUCAUGUUCCUGGAGGUUGACAGAGGUCCCCAAAGACACAGAAAGAAACUCCUAUCUGAACCCAAUUUUUUUUUUUAGCUUUGAGGGUUUCAUGUUGCCAGAACAUGUCAUCCCCUCUGGGCCAUAGGCUUCCCAUACGGAAACAGGAUGUCUCCAUAGGGGAGGCCGCUGGGACUUGGGUCAGACUGCUGCAACUCCUAUCCAGAGUCAAGUCUUCAGAAGGUGCUUGACCUGAUGAACUUCUAUUGGUGAGCCCAGGGGGAAUGGAUGUUAGGAGAUAAGGAGUAAAUGAGUCACGGGUCAUAACUGAACGGAUUCUGAUGUUUAGAAGAAAUUGAAACUCUUACCCACCAUCAAGUCUCUGAUUUCUUCUCCUUAAAUCAUCAUAAUCAGGGCACCGUAGAGGGGCUGUCGAUUUGGAUAUAUGGAGAAUUAUAGUUUCAUGUUCUUUGCUACUGAUGAUAACCUUCCUCCUCCUUGAAUGAUCCUUUUCCAUCCUGCCCUCCCACCACACCAACAUGCACACACAUAUACCUCACACGCACUCACACAUAACCUUGCAUGCGUACAGGUACACUAACACACACCUUACAUGCCCUCCCACACCAACAUGUACAUACACACACUCACCACAUGCACUCAUACAUUAUCCUAAAUGCACACAGCACACACACUCACACACACACUCACCACAUACACUCAUACAUUAUCCUAAAUGCACACAGCACACACACUCACACACACACUCACCACAUGCACUCAUACAUUAUCCUAAAUGCAUACAGCACACACAUUCACACACACACACCAUAUACACUCAUACAUUAUCCUAAAUGCAUAUAGCACACACACUCACACAUACACACACACCCCCCAUAUUCCACCAAGCCUGAAUUUUUCUAGGGAGGUGAAGGACAAAGGGCAGAACUCAGAAUAAGUCCCCUUUUAGCACUGGUUCUUCUGUAAAUCAACAGAGCAGAAAGCACCCCUAUACUUCCUGUGUUGGUUCCCAACAUAAAGGGGGCCCCUGGCAUGAUCAAACCCACUCGUUUAGAUGACACGAGAAAGGCAUCCGGCACCACUUGUACUUUUUCUCAUUCCAGGAUGGGGCAUCUAGCAGGAGGCAUGCCUGACAGCCAGCAAGGUUGUGGGCUUGACCCUGUUCCACACCCAUCUCACUUCAAUGUCACCGCCCACGUGAAUCUAGUCAUGUGCUUCCCCACAUCCAAAGAUCUAAAGGAGGUGUUUAUGCUCCAAAUCAAAUGUCAGUCCUCAAUUGUCUUUUGCCUAAAUAAAAAAAAAAAAUGCUCUCUCCUCAUUCAUGGUCACAAUCAAGUGUCUGGGUUUACAAUAGCCUCUUCUCCAGAGAGCUUGAAGCAUGCCAGCCUGUGAAAAAAAUGACUUCGAGGAUGUCUGCGCACCCGGAAGGAGAAGUGGUUUGGAGCUCUGCUCUGCUGACUGCCCAGCCAGGAACACUGUGCUUAAACCACCUUUUGACUUAACCCUGCUACUUCUAGAGCUUUUGAGAAAUGCAUUAAAACUGAUCUCCUAAACCGC